GAUUGAAAGAUCAGUUCUUCGAACUCAGGCUCUUUCAACGAAAUUUCCAGUUACCAAAAGAAACUGGAGUGAAAGGUCAGUUCUUAGACUAUGUCCAUUUACCAAAACCGCUCAAUUCAGAACCAAACCGAAUGGUUGACCUUGUUUCAACACAUCAGAACAGGUAAACGCCCUAAACAACCUCCCAUGACAUUUUCAUGGGAUCGCUAAGUACUGAAAAGGUCAGAAUGUCACUUAUUUAUAUAGAUAGUUCCUUUGAUAUCUAGGUUGAGGACUAUUGAGGAUUGUGGGAAGUCCUAGUAGUCCAUAUAGUAUGUCAUGCCACAGCUCAUAGAUAUAUAUUGACUAGAAUUGAAGUUUAAUUAUAAAGAAAAAUAUUACGAAACACGAAUUCUUCAGCUAUCUUUCAGAGGUCAAGGUCAACUCAUUUUGGUUGUCGCAUAAACUAGUCCUCUAGUAUUCAGACGAGCAGAUGAACUGAUCAAAGUACGUUUUUCUACCAAUAACAUUUCAACAAGUUGCGCAUCAGGCAGAUGUAAGAUUGAGGAAGACUGGGUAGACAGUGCAUUUGAACCAAUGUUCGAGAUUAUGCCUAGUAGUUUUGCUAGUAUUUAAAGUAAGGUUGCCAAUGGAUUUACAAUGUUUACUCAUUCUCUGUGUUAUGUUGUCAGCUAUAUCCUUCCUAUAAAUGUAAAGUCUCCUACGUACAGUAAUAAACAAAAAGGGCAGUUUAAACUUGAAUAAGAAUAAAUUAGACUGGGUCAAGUUCCAACAUCAGAUGGUUGUAUAAAUUUCCAGUGCCAAUAUACUGCACUAGCUCAAGAAAAUGACUACCUCUACCUCUAAAAUUCCAACUUCAUUUCCAUCACCAAAUGCUCAAAUUAGUCUCUUCACUGCAUUUAUCUUAUUUUUUCUUCCCAUUGCUAGUUCAGAUUAUUUCCAAGUCACUAGCUUUUCUCAGGAUACACCCGACAUAGUCUAUCAAGGAGAUGCAGUGACGUUGGCUGGAGCUGUAGAGUUCAACUCACUCACUUACCUAUGUCACGUUGGCUGGGCGACAUACGCAGAGAGGGUUCAACUAUGGGACUCCAAAACAGGGACCCUCUCUGACUUCACCACCAAUUUCUCCUUCAUAAUUGACACCCAAGAGUCAUCCACAUACGGCCAUGGGCUCGCUUUCUUCCUGGCUCCGGUUGGUUUCCAAAUCCCCCCUAACUCAGCUGGUGGGUUCUUAGGGCUUUUCAACACAACAACAAGCAAUUCAGCAGAAAACCAAAUUGUGACGGUUGAGUUCGACUCCUACCCGAAUCCUGAGUGGGAUCCUGCACAUGAGCACAUCGGGAUUAACAACAACUCGAUUGGUUCGGUCAUUACAACUCCAUGGAACGCUAGCUUGUACAGCGGAGAAACAUGUACAGCUUCAAUUACAUACAAUGCAAGUACAAAGAAUUUGAGUGUGUUUUGGUCUUACGGUGGAAACUCUAGUUCACAAGGCAGUCUUUCUUAUAAAAUCGACCUUAUGGAGAUUCUACCGGAGUGGGUCAUGGUUGGAUUUUCGGCUGCGACAGGACAGUAUUUGGAGAAACACACGCUUGAAUCAUGGGCGUUUAGCUCAAGUUUCAACACGAAAACGGCGAGAGGGAAGCACACGAACGAUAUCAAACUGAUAGUUGCUUUAACUGUUUCAAUGGGUGUUUUGAUUUUUGGAGCGGGAAUAUUUAUAGGAUUUGUGAUUGUAAGGAAAAGGAGGCAUGUUCGAAGGAAAAAAACAGAGAAAACUAACUUGACGUCGAUCAAUGAUGAUCUAGAAAGAGGCGCUGGACCAAGGAGGUUUACCUACGCAGAUCUUGUCUCGGCUACAAGCAACUUCUCGGCCGAAAGAAAGUUGGGUGAAGGAGGAUUUGGGUGUGUUUACAGAGGGUACUUAAACGAUUUAGACAUGGCUGUAGCCGUGAAGAAAAUUUCAAGGGGAUCUAAACAGGGGAAAAAAGAGUACAUAACAGAAGUGAAGAUUAUAAGCCGGUUAAGGCACCGGAAUUUGGUGCAACUCAUCGGUUGGUGCCACGAUAAAGGCGAGUUCCUUCUUGUCUAUGAGUUUAUGCCCAACGGAAGCCUCGACGCUCACCUCUUUGGCAGCAAGAUUCCUCUCACUUGGGCUGUGAGGUACAAAAUAACUCUUGGUUUGGCCUCGGCAUUGUUCUAUCUACACAAAGAAUGGGAGCAAUGCGUGGUGCAUCGGGACAUCAAGUCGAGCAAUGUUAUGCUAGAUUCUGAAUUUAAUGUCAAGCUCGGAGACUUUGGGUUAGCCCGACUCAUGGACCACGAGCUUGGACCGCAAACAACUGGCUUAGCAGGAACGUUUGGGUACUUGGCACCGGAAUAUAUAAGGACAGGCAAGGCAAGUAAAGGGGCAGAUGUUUUCAGUUUCGGGGUGGUGGUGUUGGAAAUCGCUACUGGGAGAAAAUCAGUCAACCCGACAGAAGGAGAAUCGGAAAUAGGGUUGGUAGAGUGGGUAUGGGAUCUCUAUGGAAGAGGGCGAAUUCUUUCCGCCAUUGAUGAGAGACUGAAAUCGAAUUUCGAUGCUAAGGAAGUAGAGUGUUUGAUGAUUGUUGGGCUGUGGUGUGCUUAUCCUGACCAUAGCCUUAGGCCAUCAAUAAGGCACGCAAUUCAGGUACUUCAUUUUGAGGCAGCAAUGCCUCAUCUGCCUAUGAAGAUGCCUGUCCCAAUAUAUCGUGUACCUGGUGCAGGAAGCUCCAGGACCAGGCCUGAAGAACCGCUGAUACAUUCCGGUCAGGAGAUAAUAAGUUCAAGCAUCGAAAUGGGUCGUUAAAUUUUUUCAUUUCU